UAAAACACAUUUCAAGACAACAAGAAUCUAACGAUUUUCUUUGUGAUACGGGGAUAUUUUUACACGAUGUCUGCUUCAAAUGGUACUACAGUCCACCUUCGCGUUUCUGUCGAGGCGGCUCAGGGAUCAAGAAAAAGCAUGGAGGACUAUACAGCUGUAACGUUGGAUAAACGCGAAGACAGCGAGUGCUUUUUCGCGGUAUUCGAUGGCCAUGGAGGCCAUCAGGCUGCCUUUUUUGCGAGGCAAAAUCUCUGGAAAACAAUCCAGAAACAAAAGGAUUUCUAUUCCAGUGAUCCUGAUGAAGUUGGCAAGGCUAUCAAACGGGCAUUUAUAGAAGUACACACGGCAAUGUGGAAGGAGAGAGAUUCAUGGCCCAAGACGAAGUAUGGCACCCCAAGUACAGCUGGAACUACGGCGUCUGUGGUGAUCAUGCGAGGUCGCCACAUGUAUGUCGCCAACGUGGGGGACUCCAGGGUGGUUCUUGCCCAUGAAGAUGGAGAGGGUCUUAAGGCUGUGCCGUUGACAGUCGACCACAAACCAGAAGACCCCCUAGAGGUCCAGCGAAUCAAAUCGCUAGGGGGGCAGAUCGGCCGGAGCAACGGUAUCUUUCGUGUUGCGUGGAACAGGGUUAGCCGUAUUGGAAAACAUAGAGGACCAGUUCUGCGCAGCACAAAAAUGGAGAGUGUCCCAUUCCUAGCCAUUGCACGCUCGCUUGGUGAUCUGUGGAGCUUCAAUCCCCUUGUCGGAGACUUCCUUGUCUCACCCAUACCCGAUGUCCACUACAGGCUUAUUGAUCCCCGGAAAGAUAAGUUUGUUGUGCUGGCAUCGGACGGACUAUGGAAUGCCAUGAGAAACAAGGAAGUUGUGCAUUUUGUAGACAACAUUGAAAAGAAUGUCUUCGAUAUGGACUGGCGAGAUGACGUCACCCACAGAUUAACUUGUCGAGCGUUGGCAAAAUGGCGGGAGAGAAACAUUCGCGCAGACAACACAAGCGCUAUCGUCGUCUUCUUCGACGAACAGGAGAAAGCAGUCGCUCCGUACCUUCCCUACUCCCCUCCGAGCGAUACAGAAACUGAACUAGGCGAAGCUACGCCGAGUUUAUCUCGAAGUAACUCGUCCACGGCUUCGGACACGCCCGAGGAAAGGCCGAAGUUAAAACGAGAAUUCGCGUUUUACAACGGCUCGUUGUUAACAAAGAAACACAAGGACAUUAAAAGAACACGUUCGUCUGCGUUAGACACCGACACGGAACGAGAAUUCAAAAAAAUCAUUCUCAGCGAUGAUUAGAGAAAAAUAAUUUUAAAAUUAGUCAUAGUAAUAUAUUGUACAAUCAGGAAAACAUCUUUCUAGUCAAGCUGAAACUUAAUUUUAAACAUGGAGAAAUAUAUAUCCAUACUGUAAAUAACACCUAAUUAAUGGAGGUUGAUCAUAGCAAAAUUUUGCAGAGUUUCCAGUAAGGACCGAUUUUUAUAACAACUUUUUAUGGUGGUAGUGUGAUUUAGAUGCCUCAAAGCAUUAGAACGGUGUUUGGUAGACAUCGAGAAAUGUCUGGGGUCGGUUGUACGAAGGCAGGAUAACGCUAUCCAGCGGAUAGUGAUUUUUCAAUCGUUCUAAAAAUGCUCGAAAACUGCGAUAAAAUUUCAUCUUUGGAACAAACA